AAAUUCUUUUUGUAAAAAAAUAUCAAACAUUAAUGUUUUGACGGUACACAUUAUAAAUAUUAAAUAUAACAAUCAAUAUCAAUGUUUGAAUAUUUGAAUUUUCUCUUCAAUGCAAUCCAGAAUUCAGGGUCAUUAUUAUUCUUCUACUCCCAAGACCGGUUCUUGUACAAAUGAAAGUAUUGCCGCUUCGUCACCAACAAAAGUUCUUACCCAUGACGUUUUAAAACGUAGUUAUUUACCGUAAUACAGUUAUGAACCUAUAAUAGAAUAGUGCUUUCAAACAAAUCAAUUUUUUUUUAAUGUGAUCCAUCAAUGAAAUAUUGGAAACUCUAAUAAGUACUAUGGGUUUUUCUAAAAUAAGCUCAGGUAAAACUGAGAACAAAAUAAAAAGUAAAGCAGAGGAUAUACCAGAACCUAUUAAAGAAAAGAAACUGAAUGAAGACUGCCGCGAAAAUCAAAUUAAAUAUGAACCUAAGAAAUUUUUACGAAUACAAUUCGAAAUUGAUCUUAUUUCAAUUUCUCUAUUCCUAAUCAGUGUUUUGACACGAAUGUAUAAAUUAGAACAGCCAAGAAACAUAGUGUUUGAUGAAUUACAUUAUGGAAAGUAUGUUUCAUUAUACAUGAAGAAUAUAUUUUUUUUCGACUCUCAUCCUCCACUAGGUAAACAGUUGAUUGCAUUUGCCGCAUCCUUUGCCAAUUAUAAUGGAACAUUCAAGUUUGAUAAAAUAGGGAGUCCAUUCUCUGAAGAAAUUCCAUUGUUUGCUUUACGUUUUAUCCCAGCUCUUUUUGGCAGCCUGAUCGUACCUGUAGCUUAUCAUCUUAUGUUAGAAUUUAAGUUAUCACAAUGGACUUCUUUGGUUGCUGCUUUGUUACUACUUUUUGAUAAUGCUUUAUUGACUCAAAGUAGAUUUAUUCUUAUGGAAUCUAUGAUUAUAUUUUUUGCAUUAUUUGGUUUAUUAGGUAUUAUGAAAUUUCGACAAGAAUGUAAUAACUUUCUCAGUUUUCGUUGGUUUUUCUGGCUGAUUGUUAGUUUUAUAUCAUUAGCUUGUUCAACCAGUAUAAAAUAUGUUGGGUUUUAUACUUGUUGUUUAGGUUUUUAUGUUUUAUUAAGAGAUUUUUGGAAGUUACUUGGUUCAAAAUUGUCAGAUGCAGCACUAUAUUUGAGAUUUUUUAUUCAAUUUGGAAUAGUUUCGAUGAUUCCUAUUAUAGUUUAUAUGUCAGUCUUUUACAUCCAUCUAAGUGUUUUGUAUAAAGCGGGGCCUCAUGAUAGUAUUAUGACUAGUGCGUUCCAAGCAUCACUGGAGGGUGGACUUGCUUCUAUCACUAGAGGACAGCCUUUAUUGGUGGCUCAUGGCUCUCAAAUAACCUUAAGACAUAGCCAUGGAAGAACUUGUUGGCUUCACUCUCACAACCAUGUUUAUCCCAUUCGUUAUGCAGAUAAAAGAGGAUCAAGCCAUCAGCAACAAGUAACAUGCUAUUCAUUCAAAGAUGUCAACAAUUGGUGGAUUGUUAAGAGACCCAACAAAAAUGAUCUAGUAGUAGAACAUCCUGUAGAUGCUAUUAAGGAUGGUGAUGUUAUUCAACUAGUUCAUGGAAUUACAAGUCGAGCAUUGAACUCGCAUGAUGUAGCAGCUCCUCAAUCUCCCCAAUGUCAAGAGGUGUCUUGCUAUAUAGAUUACAAUGUCUCCAUGCCUUCUCAAAACUUAUGGAAGGUGGAAAUAUUGAAUAAGGAAAACAAUGGAAACUCUUGGCACACCAUACAAUCGCUGGUUCGCUUAAUCCAUGUCAAUACAAACACCGCACUCAAAUUCAGCGGUAAACAAUUACCAGACUGGGGGUUCAAUCAGCAUGAGAUUGUGGCAGAUAGAGUUCUGAAUCAGGAUGAUACUGUGUGGAACGUUGAGGAGCAUAGAUACACCAAAUCCGGCGAUCAAAAAGAAAGAGAGAGAGAUCUUGUGACUGCGGAAAUGAUUCCCACUAUUGCAACAAAACUUAGCUUCCUGGAGAAGUUUUUCGAGUUACAUUAUAAAAUGUGGUUUACCUCCACAGAAAAUCUUCAGAACCAUAUGUAUAGUUCCCAACCGCUCGAAUGGCCUUUUAUGUCACGAGGAAUUGCCUAUUGGGUGUCCUCAGAUAGUAAUGCUCAAAUCCAUUUGCUGGGUAAUUUGCUCACCUGGUAUUCAUGUACCUUUGGUGUCUUUGCAUACAUUAUGUUAUUGACAUUCUACCUACUACGGAGACGAAGAUGUAUCUACGACCUUGACCAACAUACUUGGGAUAAGUUUGAAGCGAUGGGUGAAGUUUUCUUGGGUGGAUAUCUUUUCCAUUAUAUACCUUUCUUUUUCGUUGAUAGAACUUUGUUCCUUCACCACUAUCUGCCAGCAUUUGUCUUUAAAAUAUUUUUGGUCUGUGGCGUUAUGGAACAUGUUUAUACUGUUGUGACAAAUCAUUUUAAAUCUUUAAUUCUGUCGAGACUGAUGAUUUUAUCGCAGCUACUUUGGCUCUGUAUGAUUAUUUACGUUUAUAUGAGAUUUUCGGUACUUAGUUAUGGGACUACAGACUUGACUAUGAAAGACAUUUUAGACUUGAGAUGGAAGGAUACAUGGGAUUUUAUAAUUCAUAGGAAAUGAAGUUAAU